AUGGUUGUACUUCGAAAGCUUUUUGGUUUGGUUCCCUUGAUUGGGUUUACCAUUGCGGAAAGUACGUGUGAAUAUAAGGCCUUAAGCAACGAGGCUCAAAGCUUGAAGAAUGACAUUGAUUCCUUGAACAGCUAUGACACCUUGAUAAGCAUAGUAGAAGAAUGUCUCGUGGCAGAUAAGCAUAAGGACUACGACGACCUGAUAAAACUGUCGUACCAAUUAUACUACAAAAAUGGUUUGAUACAACUGUCGGCAGGAAGAUAUCAUAAGGCCGUGGCGCUGUUUGAGAGGGCGCUCGGUGGAAAUACGAAUACUGGUGAUUCUUAUUUCCUACUUAUUGCGAAGAAGUUGCAGCAGAUUUAUAUAGAUUUCGGAUUAUGGAGUAAUAUAACAUCCACUACUCUGCCUAUUACUGAGAAAAUUGAUCCUGCACUAAAAGAAACAUAUGAGGAGAGACAAAGAGUGUAUCAUGAUACUUUAAAUCGGAUCAAAGAAACGUUUUCAAAAAACAAAAAUGAACAGCACCUUGAAGAACUCUUUGAUUCAUUGACAGAAAUAUCUCCCUAUAACCGUGAGGUCAUAUAUAUGGCCAUUGAUUAUUACAAUGCUAAUAUUAUUACCAAUAAUAGGGUUGACCUAACAAGAGUUAUAAAAUUGAAGGAGAAAUAUGAAACAUUACUGGAAGUGCAUAGUACUUCGCUUACCCUGAACGAAAGGCUCGAAACUCAUUUCAAGAUUUCGGUAAUCCAAAUAUUUUUGUUAGGACAGGAUCCUCUUAUUCAAGGAAGUUCUUCUCAUUUGAGAAGAUGUCUAAAUAUUGACAUGGACUAUGGUCCAUGUAAAGAUUUGAUCAAGCUAAGUUCUCGUUUGAACAAGGUAAAUCCCGACAUGAGGCUGGUGAAAGAUCCCGAGGCAUAUAAAAAUGGGCAUAUUAUAAUUGAAGAUUGGAAAAAUGUUGUAGACUUCUAUAUUAACAAUAAGCCCUCUUUGAAAUUAUUUACCUUAAUGAAAGGUGCCAAAUUUGACACUAAAACUAACUAUGAUUUGUUGAAAAGGCUUCAGUUCCAUCUGCUCUCUACAUUAACUGGACAACAAGAACAACCAGAAAAGUUGAUCACAAUGUUUUUUGUAAACUUAGAUGUGAUACUUUGUCAAGCGUCUUCUUUCUUGUCAAAAAAGGAUAAAAAGGAAACAUCUAAAAUGUGUUUACAUGCUCUAAGCAGUAUUGGUCUCGAGACAAAAGAAGCUUAUCGCGAAAGUUUGUCAAAUGGAUCGCCUCUGCCGGCUGAAACUGUUAUUGAUCUAUGGAAUUCUUAUCCACACAUGCUUAUCUACACCAUGACUAAUAUUGUUAAGAAGUAUGGUAAAAAACAAAGAGGUAGUGACAAUUUGGUUGAACAGGUGAGCAAAUUUUGGAAUGAAAAUAACUUGAGGGAAAGUAAAAAUCCAUAUGUUGUAAACUUGAAUAACUUAAUGGAAAAAGUGGAUAAGAACAAGAGGGAGCAGCAGUUUAGACAACAACAGCAGCAACAACAAAGGUUUUUUCAACAGCAACAGCAACAGCAACAAAGAUAUCAACAACAGCAGGCCAGUGGGUUAACUGAUAGCCAAACUGCUAAAAAUUAUUACCAAAUUUUAGGUAUAAAACCUGAAGCAUCUGAUAAGGAAAUUCGUAAGGCCUAUUUAAGUUUGACUAAAAAGUAUCAUCCAGAUAAGCAAGGUAAACAACUAUCAGAAGAGGAAGAAAAGAAGAAUGACGAGAAGAUGUCAGAGAUUAAUGAAGCGUAUGAAGUAUUAAAUGAUGAAGAAAAAAGGAAGGAAUAUGACUCUAUCAGAUCAGGAUCGAGGCAGUUUCAACCUAGAAACAAUUUUAGAACUAACCAGAGAAGAGGUGGUUAUCAAGGCUUCCAAGGUGGAUUUCCGGGAGGCUUUCCGGGCGGCUUUCCAUUUGGUAGUGGUUUUGGUUUUUAA